AUGCUCUCACGCCUCUUUGGGCUGGUCAGGCCGGCCAGAACCACCGGUCAACCAACUCUCGAGAAGUCAGUCUCCCCCGGUACGAGCGAGAAGAAGGCUCAGGUCUCUACCGCGGCGCCAGAAGCCAUCGAAACGGCGGACAGCACCAGUCUCACUGCCUCAAACGUUUCCAUCGGAACUUCAAACGUGGACCGGCCCUCUGGGGCAGCAGCAGCGAUUGAAAUCUGCCGCAGUCAGCAGCUGGCGAAAGACGGUUCUCCAGUCAGCGCGGAUCUGGAGAAGUCCGAAACCGCUACCGCCAAAUCAGACCUCGUUCCGAUUCAGACCACAAAAGGCUCAGAGGAUGUCUCUGCCGCUGCGAUUGUCGGAACUCCAGAAGCCUGUGAGGCUGCAUCGAGUUCCACACCAAGCACCGGCAGAGACAACCUCAGCUCAGUCACCAUCAUCCAGCCUCAAACCCCUCCAGAUCCUGUGACGCCAACAUCAUCUCCCACCAGCGGGAAGAAGCGUAAGUACGAUUCCGGAACAGCUCUCGUACAGACCCCACGGAAGAAGAGAGCGAGGAAGCCCUGGCAAGCUCACUCGGUUGUCUUCAAGCUGGACCCAUCAAUCUCUCAUGCCUCGCCGAGCUCAGUUGUCUCUAUGCCGCCUGUUCAAUCCACGAAGCAACCUCCCACAGCGCUGCCAACUCUUCUGGCUCCGGUGGACGGUUUCAUGGACAAUUCCUCUUCGAACCCUCCAUUCCUUGAUUUUGGCACCUUCGAAUCCUCCUCCGUGCAAGAGCAGCAGUCACAGCAAUCUCCAGCGGCUUUCUCUUCAGUCUCGUCGGAAGUAUGCUGCACCGCCUGUCGCUCGGUGAUUCCUGGGUAUCACAUUCCUGGCUGUCGAGAAGGUGGUCGCCAUUCUCCUCAUGCCAGCUGGGGUCCUGGCGGAGCUGUCGACUUGGCUCAAACAGCCCAUACUGUCCAGAAGCCAAACAUUUCCGGCACGGAAAGCUACACGAACGAGCAGGCCAGCUCGGACGGUCUCACUGAUAAUGGUAUUGUCCCUUCCGCUCAGCAGGAGAUCAGCCUUGAUGUCAACAGCAACAACAGCAAUAGCAUCAACAACAACAGAAGCAGCAGCAGCAGCAGCAGCAGCAGCAGCAAUACCGGAUUUGCUGGUGUGGGAAACGAGGACGAGAGCAGAAAAGGCACGACUGACGACACUGGUACUGCCACUGGACAGUCUGAAUUCUCAUCCCUGGACGACUUUGACUGGAACGCCGCGCUCAUGGGCCUGGAGUAA